AUGACCACCUCUAUCCCUUCUCUUAUUUCAAUCCCGUAUAAUGUCUUCGCAAGCCCAGCAGCCUCGAUCUUGUUACCUAUCGCACUAGGUACAACGACAGGCCUUGGUUCUGGAGUCAAACAGUCGCAGACUGCGUACCAUGCGAUGAAACAGCCGCCUUUAAGCCCACCAGCCCAAGUCUUCGGUCCCGCCUGGACGCUUCUAUAUGGAUUGAUGGGUUACGCAUCCCACCGGGCUAUCACAAUGUCACCGCCUUCCUCCGCCUCGACAGACAAGAUGGGGGCUCUAUAUACUAUCCAACUUGGCGUGAAUAUAUUAUGGAUGCCUCUGUUUUUUGGGAUGCGCCGAGUGGAUCUUGCAGCGGCUGAUAUCGUGUUACUCGCUGGUCUAAAUGGGUACCUAACGUAUCUGUACUUUUCAGUCGACAACCUGGCGGGCUGGUGUCAAGUGCCACACCUGGCCUGGCUUGCGUUUGCGACGUAUUUGACCGGCGGAGUGGGUUAUCUGAAUAAUUGGGAUAUUUCCAAAGCCAAGCUAGGAAAGAGGGUAUGA